AUGAAAGUUUUCAUUAUAAUUUUAGUUUUAGCAUUUGUUGCUGCUAAUGGUUAUAAUGUUAAGAGAGAAUGGGAAGAAUUUAAGAUUACCUACAAUAAAAAAUACGAAAACUCAUUAGAAGAAAACUUUCGAUUCACAAUUUUUUCGAAAAAUUUAAAGAACAUUCAGAAACAAUACAGUGGAAAUAAAAAAACAUGGAAAAUGACUGUAAACAAGUUUAGCGACAUGACUUUCAAGGAAUUUUCGAGAAAACGCAAUCUAACACCCACGGACACAUCAAAAAUUAAAAAUAUUCCCGUUUUCCAAAGUAGGGACAAUAUUCCUGUUCCCGAUAGUUGGGAUUGGAGGGAACAAGGUGCCAUGAAUCCUAUUUUAGACCAAGGGUUUUGUGGAGCAUGUUAUGCUUUUACUGCAGCAGCAGUCCUAGAAACAGCCUACUACAAAUUAACCAACGAAAAACUUCGACUAAGCGUUCAACACAUCAUUGACUGUUCCAAGGAAUAUGAUAACAAGGGAUGUGUUAGUGGUCUAGCGUCAAGGGCCUUCGAUUUUAUAAAAGAUAACGGUAUCAACUUUUGGGAGGCAUACCCGUACACUGGAGAACAAGGCGAAUGUCAAGCCAAAGAGGAAAACAACGCACCUUUGAAAGUCGUAAGUUAUGAAAGAAUACCGCAAGGCGAUGAGGAAAGCCUCAAGAGGGCUGUGUACCUACAAGGUGCCAUCGGCGUAUCGAUUUCUGUUACCGAUAACCUCAAACAGUACCAGGGAAACAUUCUCCACGAUCCUGUCUGCACCAACCACACGAACCAUGCCGUAGCGCUUGUAGGUUAUGGUACAGAAGAUGGAGAGGAUUAUUGGCUUCUCAAAAACACCUGGGGGAAGAAUUGGGGCGAAGAUGGUUACUUCAAGUUGCCAAGAAAUAGCGACAACAAUUGUGGCAUCGCUAUGUGGGCGUUGUUCCCAAUUAUUUCUGUUAACCAGUGA